UGCCUCCUGUAAUGUGACCCGCGACCUGAGCAAGUGAGCAGGCAGCCGGUCAGCGACGUUCGUCCCUGGAGCCGGGUCCGGGAGCAGUGACGUGAUAGGAGCUGGGCAGUGACUUUCUGUGAGGUCCUUCUCGGGAGCCGGGCAGUGAUGUGCGGUGAGAUCCGUCCUUGGAGCCAGGUCGCAGUGGCGUGACGGAAGGGUGUGCGCGCCGCUUACCAGGGCUACGGACCGGGUGUUAUGACGUCAUUGGUGGGCGCCAUGCUUCCGGGUUCCGGACGCCGUUGGCGGCGUGGGUCACUUGGUGGGGAUAAGUGUCAGCGCGUCAGCUGGUCGGACCGGCGUUGCGUCACUUCCGGCUAGGAGGCACGACACGACCGGGAUCCGGACGGCGUGGUCUGAACGGGCGGGAGGAGUCCCUCCGACACUAAGCCAAACACAGAAAAAGUGUACAGAUAAAGCAACUUGAUUACAUUCUACAGCCUGACCUUCAUUCUGUGUUCAAUUAAACCCGGGUUGUCUUCUCUGCGUCACACAUGUUAAAAUGCUGAUUGAUUAUGUCAGAUAAACAGUGAUGUCCUCCGUCUAGCUUCUGAUUUAAAUUGGCAGAUGGCUACGCCUCUACAUAACCUUCAGAGAUUCAAACUUCAGAUAUGAUCAUAUCUUAAAAUGGCGUGCUGUUGGCGUAAUGUUAUACAAAAGUAAUUCCUAGAAGACAAUGACCUAAGGAAGAGAACAUACGCAGGCUGAGCAUGGCUUAGUGUACCUGUAGAAGACACAUCAUGGCACAGAUCUACAGUGUCAGCAAGGCUCGACAGAGUAUCAGCCUACAGGGGGUCGAUCCAGAGACAUGUACGAUAGUAUUCAAGAACCACUGGGCUCAGGUUCAGCGUAUUUUGGAAAAGCACGAUCCUUUUAAGAACGCUAAUGCCAGAUAUGGAUCUAUUUCUCCAGAUGAAGUAAGCGCUGUACAGAAUUAUGUGGAACACAUGAUCUUGCUUUUAAUCGAAGAGCAGGUGGAAGAUGCCGCCAUGGGACCUAUUCUGGAGUUUGUUGUGUCGGAGAAUAUUAUGGAGAAAUUGUUUCUGUGGAGUCUCAGGAGAGAAUUUACAGAUGAGACAAAAUUUGAGCAGCUGAAGAUGUAUGAGUUACUGGUUACUCAGUCUCACCAGCCUUUACUACAUCACAAGCCUAUUUUAAAGCCAUUGAUGAUGCUCUUAAGUACUUGCUCAACAACGUCAACUCCAAGUGUGGAGACAGAACUAGUUGUCCUGCUUAACCAGCUCUGUUCAAUCCUUGCCAAAGAUCCAUCUGUCUUAGAACUGUUUUUCCACACAAGCGAAGACCAGGGAGCUGCCAAUUUCCUUAUAUUCUCCUUGCUGAUCCCCUUUAUCCAUCGAGAAGGCACUGUGGGACAACAGGCCCGGGAUGCUUUGCUCUUCAUCAUGUCUUUGUCAGCUGAGAAUAAUAUGGUUGCUAAACACAUAGUUGAGAGCACUUACUUCUGUCCAGUAUUAGCGACGGGACUCAGUGGUCUUUAUUCAUCACUACCCACAAAGCUGGAUGAUAAAGGGGAAGAAUGGCAUUGCCUCAUUAAAGAAGACUGGCUCCAGAUUCCUGCUCUCAUACAGUUCAUGAAUUCUCUUGAGUUCUGCAAUGCAGUUAUACAGGUGGCUCACCCUCUUAUACGUGCCCAGCUUGUGGACUAUAUUUACAAUGGGUUCCUGCUGCCAGUAAUGGCUCCUGCACUGCACAAGGUGACAGUGGAGGAAGUGAUGACGACGACUGCUUAUCUGGACUUGUUUCUACGUAGUGUCUCAGAACCGACAUUGCUGAAGAUUUUUCUACGCUUCAUUUUCCUCUACCAGCAUGAAAAAGUCCAAAUCCUGGACACAUUGGUCAGCCGAAUCAACACACCAUUUCGGCUCUGUGUGGUGUCCUUGGCAUUGUUUCGGACUCUCAUUGGCUUGCAUUGUGAAGAUGUGAUGUUACAACUUAUUUUGAGGUAUCUGAUUCCAUGUACCCACAUGAUGGUUAGCCAGAGAUGGGCUGUGAAAGAACGAGACUGCUAUUCUGCAUCUGCUGCUAGAUUUUUGGCCUUGACUCCAGACUGCUGUCCUAAAGCUUCUACUGAUAGCAAUGGAACUUUGGAGAGAAACAACAUAAUAUAUUCAAAUGUCACACACAAAGAUGCUAGUGGACAUAAGUUACCAUCAUCAUGUUUACAUGAAGCUGAAUACACAUCUGCUGAGGAAUAUAUGGAAACUGUAGAUGCCAGCUACCUUGAUUACCUUUGGGAAGCUCAUGAAAACAUCCUGAGAUGUGUAGAAGACUGUAAGGUCUGGUCAGCCCCGUAUGAUGGAGAGAACCCAGACCCGGACACUUCUUUCCAAGCACUAUUGGAGAGCAAUUUUCAAACAGGAGAGUUUCCUACUUUCAGGGGGAGAGGUAGGCAACAACUUGGUUCCUUCUCCUCUGAAAUGCCAUCUCUCGGAGGAAAACUUAUUGAUCUUGAGUGGGAUGAUAGUUACGACACUGGUAUAUCCCCAGAUUCUGGAAAUUGCUCACCACAACCACCUCCUGAAUCUGUGUUACCUCCAGAUCCCCCAAAACACAUCCAAGAGAUGAAAAAGAAUGCAAUAAUGUUCAUUAAAGGGUCGUAUAUUGAAGAAUCUGACUUUCAGGAUGAUGUGAUGGUUUACAGGUUAUGUGCAGAAAAAGAUUCCAUUGAUAGAGCCGUUACAGAAACUAAAGAUGUGUCAACAAAAGGGUCUACGGUGGGUAUACUUCCUAAACUGACUAGCCAGCAUUCUCAGGUACGGAAAGAUAGUAAAAUUGAAAUAAAUAAUCAGAAAAAUUCAAGUCUCAAUAAAAAUGCUGCAAAAAUACAAACUAAACAAAAUCAUAAGAAUAUUCCAAAACUGGACCUUGACCUCUCUUCUGAUGCAGACUGUGAUUCUAACAGGAAACCAUUAAGUCCAGACAGUGAGGAUUUUAUAGCUCGUUGUGACGAGAUCAUAAGUGGACUUAACACCACCUCAGUAGAAGAGUCCAGCUCCCCAGCUCCUGAGAGCGUUUCUCUAGUGGAUGAGCAUGAAGAAACAUAUGAAAAGUAUUCCUUAGGAACACCAUCCGUAGAAAGUAUGCCAUCACCCUUUGGGCCAAGUGAAGCUACAAGCCAUUCUAACUACCCUCCCAGGUCCCAAGCAGCACCAUUUACAGGACCAUUCAUCAGUGUUGUUUUGUCAAAAUUAGAGAGCAUGCUUGAGAACUCUUUACAUGUAAACUUGUUGUUGAUUGGGAUCGUUACUCAGCUUGCGAGCUACCCUCAGCCUCUCCUCCGAUCCUUCCUGCUUAAUACAAACAUGGUCUUCCAGCCCAGUGUACGAUCUCUCUACCAGGUUCUGGCCUCUGUCAAACAUAAAAUUGAACAAUUUGCUACUAAAGAGGAAAAUUUUCCCAUAUUACUUGCAGAAGCUCAACAAUACUUGCUGGAUCGCAUGGAUGCGAAUCACGAACCUGGCGAUGUGUUAAUCAAAGAUAACACAGCGGUGAAUGUGAAUGGAGGCAAAGAAACAAGUAUUGGAGACAAUUCACACGUUGUGGUACAGAAGUAUAAGGAACAAAGAACAAACAUGUUGCCUCCUCUUCCUACACUCUCUAAGGUCACCAGAAACGCCGUUCUCGCAGCCGCCAUAUUUCCGGAAUUCUUGAAAGAACUUGCAGCUUUGGCCCAGGAACAUUCUGUGCUAUGUUAUGUGAUUGGGAACUCUUUUUAGCAAAUGUUUGUUUUAUGUACUUCUUAGGUAUCGUUUUACUAUUUUUAUGUUGGAUUUUGUUUAAAAUGAAAACUACCUGUUUUUUGUUCCAACUAGGAUUAUUUCCAUAUAGUGUUAGCUUUUACUACUUCCUGUAAUACUUGAUAGAAAAUGGGGAUUGUGGUCCAUCUGGCUGUGGUGGUUGUUUUUUUUCUAUGUGGGUUUAAAUAUUCACAACCCUGUUCAUAUAGAACUAUGGUACUUUGCCUCUGUACCCUUUGUGCUUUAUCAUUAUUAAGAUGCAUUUUUAUUAUUUUGUUCCUUAGUCAUACCAGCCCUCCAGCGUCCGUCCUGACAUAGAAGACCCAAGUUUACAAAUAUUGCCGCCACUAUAUAAUACCCAACAUCCCAAUAGAAUCCAAUAGUUUCUUCAUAUACAUGAUUAAUUGUGCACUUAGACAGUUCUCAGUGGUGCCUGUUCUAUCAACAUCAUUAAUUGGGCUUCUUCCUUAAUUUCCAGCUUUGGAGCCUAAUGAAACUGAGUCAGCUAUCAAAUAAGCAUCGUUAUGACUGACUUUCACAUUUUGGAUGAUCAAUUUUAAUUACAAAAUUUUUAUUUCAUUCUCAUUGGUUCAAGAGGGAUAACUUGUAACUCAAUGUGCCUUUUGACAUACUGUAGGCUGAUAAUAUACUAAUUUACAGUACGUUUAUAUAUGCACUCUCAAGUCUAAUAUGUAUAGAGUACAUAUAUAUAUAUAUAUAUAUAAUACGCACCAUAAGAACCACCAGGAACAGAUAAUCGCUAUCAGUUAGUGAACAGCACGAGGCAGUAAAGACAAGUGUUGCUCUAGCUUAGACUGUAAUAACUAUCACCAUUUGAUCGGGGUGUUGAACUGACAGUUACAAUGUAUUGCAGGAUUGCACUGUAGCAAGGUUUGUAAGAAUGCCUGCGCUGAUAUCAAGAACUGCAGCUGGUAAUUACUGCCGGGCGAGUUUCUGGCAGUGGGUGAAAGAGAUGGUCAUGUGAGGCAUGGGAGGGAUGCCCAUAUAUACCACUAAAUAAUAGCAUAUAAACAAAAUCAGAGUAGGAGCGUCACCAUAAAGAAGCGAUUAGCGGUGUUGCUGUCAAGUGCCAAAUAUUUAGUUUUCCUUUUAAAUAAACCAGGGAAAUAAACACAGACUAUAAUUAGUAAAAAUUCUACAUAGAAGCAAAUUGUUACUACCACUCCUACACAUUUAUCACCAUGGAGAAAAAUGCAUAAUUCCCGUUAUAAAAAUUCAAAUAAAAACUAGAUCCAAAUAAUAAAAACAAAGUGCACUGUGGAUCCAGGUCAUGUCUGUGCAGGUCUAUUAAUGUAAGCCAGCAAUCACUGAAAUGAGUAUAUUUUUAUGAUCCUACUGUAUGUGCCUUGUGUUAUUUAUGUGCUCAGGAUUUAGACCAGAAACAUUCCUCCCCGUUUAUUUUUAGGUAUUAUUACAUGAGCCCGUCCCUGUUUUUGUAGGGUGAGAGUGGGGAUUGGGGGUAUAAGGAUAAAUGCUAGCAAGUCGUGAUUUGUGAGUGCAAUCAUUUGUGAAAAAGUGGGAACUACUUCCGGGCAAUGUACUAAUCAGCUUUUCAGGGCCACGUGAUGUAGGCGGUUUUGUAUAGUUCUCAAUGCACUGAAGCAACAAGAGUUUUGCUGUAACCUUAGACAGUUUGGUUGAAUAGAAGGCAAAUUGUUGAAUAUGGUUGUUUGCUUUGAUGGUUAAAAGAUCGGGUCUGUCUUCACAGCACCAAGGACCAUAUUCAGUAAGGAUUGCAAGUUCUACUUUUUAGCAGAAUUUGCAAUCCUUUGACUCGCAUGCUAACCGCCACCCCCCCCUGCGACCAUGCACUAAUUGCAAUCACGCUGCAAUUAGUGCGCAGUCACAGAAUUAAGGGAAGCCUCCUGCUGGCGCAGCCUGGCUGCGACAGCAGGAUGCCCGCCGCCAUCUUUAUGAUCACAUUGACUGCAUGUGACGUCAUGCAGCCGCCCCGAUAGCGCCCCCAUUUCCCUGCCGCCGCCCCCCGCUCUGUCUCCGCCUUGGAAAUGGACCGUUGCCGCCCCACAAACGCAGGCAGAGGCGUUCGCAUUUAUUGCGGGUCACCCUCAAAAAAUGCAGGCGCAUGCGCAGGACGGACCCUGGUCAUGCGCUCGCCUACAGAAAUUCCGGUUGGAUCAGUAUUUGUGAUCCAACCUGAAUGAGAUCCCAAAUUCUUACACCAUGUUAUGUUGCCAAAGAGCCACUAUUAAUAUACGAAAUAUAUUAGUGUACCCCCAGUAUCCUUAUAAGAGAACACACUCCAAUGCUCCCAUCACUUUUAUGUACAUGAAGCUGUUCAUAUAAUAUGUAAGCACACAUAGUCUAAACAAUGGAGCCAAUCUGUGGCUCUCCACCUGUUGUGAAACUACCCUAACCCUAAUAGAAAAACUGUGCCAGAGCAUGCUUGGACUUGUAGUUUCACAACACAGGAGAGCCACAGGUUGGCCAGGCCUGCAAUGGAGUAUACUGUAUAUCUUUUUAACGUCUUGUAAUAAUAAAAGUUUUAAUCAUCAGGCAAGUACUUGAUAAGUGUUUGAUAGCUUGCUUGCUAUAGAAUGUAGUACAUGUAACCCUUCUUACAUUUGGCUGAGGUAAACACUUAAACUUUAGCAAAUUGCUAGUUGUGCACAGUACACAGCAAUAAGCAGCAGCCUUAUACCAAAGAUGUGCCUUAGUAGAACUGCAUGCAGGACGGUCACACAUAACGGUUGGCCAGAUUGACAAAUCAUUUACUGUGGGUGAACAGCUUAUUGGUCUUAUUUGGUCAGAUAUUAGAAGUCUAGUGCAAGUUAUACUUCUACAAUCAGAUGUUUGGUUGUUCCAUGUCAGAGCACAUUUGCGUUAUUUGCUUUUAAGGAAGCCUUGUAGGCCGGUCAUUGUGAUCUGAUUAUUUAGCAAGAUAAGAAAAUGACCAAAUCUAUGGCUGAUCCAGCUAAGACCAAAUUGGACAAAUCUGGCUAAAGGGCUCUCAGAUGGCCUGUGUUUCCUAUAAUGUGACUACUGUAUACACAGGCUGACCGGAAUCAAGUCACGUCCAGGUAGGUUUGGAACUUGACUAUUCACAGGAAGUUUUGUGCUGUAUCUACACACAAGCCAGUUUCCUUUAGACUGGAUGUUUGGCUAUCUACAGUGAUAGACACAGAUAUACAAAGCCUUAUUAAAUAUCUUUUGCACAAAAUACAGUGUAACCCAUUCCUAUGCAAGGGUGGUGUUUGUUUUUUAUGUCUAAUUAUAAACAUAAUGUUAUGGAGUCGGUAUUUAACAUCUCAUCUAGGAUAUACAGGAUAUUUAUUAUAAUCUGAUGUUGGAUCCUGUUUUGUUAUUGCACUUUCUACUGUAUAUUCUGCAUAAAAUAUAUAUCAUAAUAAUAUAAACAUUAUAAAAACCUCA